CCCGCCAGCCCCGCGGCGCGGAUCUCCUCCGGCGGAUCCACCCACCUCCGCUAUGAUGGCUGAAGAGCACACGGACCUCGACCUCGAAGCCCAGAUCGUCAAGGACAUUCACUGCAAAGAGAUCGACUUGGUGAACCGAGACCCCAAGAACAUUAACGAGGACAUAGUCAAGGUGGAUUUUGAAGACGUGAUUGCCGAGCCUGUGGGCACCUACAGCUUCGACAGCGUGUGGAAGGUGAGCUACACCACCUUCACCGUCUCCAAGUACUGGUGCUACCGCCUGCUGUCCACGCUGCUGGGCGUGCCGCUCGCCCUGCUCUGGGGCUUUCUGUUCGCCUGCAUCUCCUUCUGCCACAUCUGGGCGGUGGUGCCCUGCAUCAAGAGCUACCUGAUCGAGAUCCAGUGCAUCAGCCACAUCUACUCCCUCUGCAUCCGCACCUUCUGCAACCCGCUCUUCGCCGCCUUGGGCCAGGUCUGCAGCAGCAUCAAGGUGUUGCUGCGGAAGGAAGUCUGAAGCCAGGUGGGGUGAUGGGGGUGGCGGGGCAGGGGGAGGCAGGCUACCUGGCCCCAUGGGACUGCUCCACGGUACUGCUCUGCUAGGGCAUGCUUUCUCUUUAGGGACUGCACACAGUUUAGGGGAGCCAGGAAGAAAAGGCAGCCCAGCCACACAGAAGCACAAGGGUCCCUCCCUCUGCCCCUUCCCCUCUACGAUGCCCCCUGUGACCCGGGGCCAAGGGAAGAUCAUUUGCUAAGAGGGCAGCUACUGCAAGUCUUUGCAUUCACUGGUACUGUACCGGCAGAAAGCCGGGGUCAGCCUGUCCACGCACACCCAGGAAAGCACCCAGGGACUGUUGGUGUUAGGAGGGUGGC